GUUGGAGUGAGAUGGAUUGGGAUGAGGAAGCGUUGCAGGAUUCUGGUUAUGAUGUUGAGCUGUUUGAAAAUGUACCUGACCCGGAGUUCAUCUGCACCAUCUGUCACGGUGUGCUCAAAGAUCCUGUGGAACUCAUCUGCCAGCAUGUCUUCUGCAGAGGCUGUAUUUUGAAGUGGCUUACAGAGAAGCAAGAAUGUCCAUAUUGCAGGAAGAAGGUGAGAAGGGUGGCUCGCUCCGUCAUCCCUAUGAUCCACAACAUGAUUGCCCGAUUGAUCAUGAAGUGUGAAAACAAUGUCUAUGGCUGCUGGGAGACCUUUCCACUUGAACAAUCUGCAAACCAUCAAGCUGCCUGUGACUUUAGAAUAGUGAAAUGCAAGCAUGAGGCCUGUACAAUUGAAGUAUUUCAGAAGAACCUUGCAGCUCAUGAACAGGUUUGCGAACACUGGAGCCAACCGUGCAGAAUGGGAUGUGGAGCCCAACUUACCCAAAGUCAGCUGCUUGAACACAACUGUUACAGGGACUCGAAGAGAAAAUAUAAGGAGAAGAUACGGGUUCUCAAAAGCCGUUUGUAUAGAAUGCAACGUCGCCUAAAGCUGAUGGAAAGAAAUCUGCAGAAUUUGGCGCCUCCUGAUCAUUUCCAGUUUUCAGAGCAUCUUGUCUGUGAAGAUGAUGAAAGUGAGGACUUGACUGCUGAAGACCAUGAAGAUGAUCACAGCAACACUUUGGACAUGCGUGUACACAAUGAAAAUGAAAGCCUGUAUUCCUGGCAGUCAAGUGACUUGAAUAAUGAGGAAGGACCAGAAGCAGAUGAAGCUGAAUUAGAUGACAUCGAAAAUGAAGAGUGUCUGAAUGAAGCCGUGAUUGAGGACACCAUUUCAAUCAUUUCCGGUUCCAGCACUGAACAAGAAGCCAAUCACGCUAGGUCACAGUCCCAUUUAUAUUUUGAAAUGGAUGAUGGUAACAUUGCUUCUGGGAAUGUCAGUAUCUUUGGUCAAGAUGCUUCAAGCAGAAGGCGGCUCAGGUCAUGGAUGCUGCAAUGUUCCAUGAGGUGGCGAAAGGCUAUGUGGAAACGCAAUAACCUCAGAUUACUAUCCAGGAGACAGCACAGCCAACCACACUGAUGAUGUGUUUUUUAAUGGGAUGAUUGCUAUGAUGGAAAAUUUGCACCAGUUAUAACACUUUAAAUGUUUCUGCUUAUUUCUGUAAUUAAUGCUGCAAUAUACUUGAGAAACUUAAUAGCUGUAAGUCAGUAAAUGUUCAUUUUGCAAAUUAACUUUGUCUAGAACUGCCAUGAGUACGUUCAUUCUAGAAUGAUGAACGAGGUAUAGUGCAGGCCCGAUAUAGAAUAAAAGACUCUCAUCUAGAACCCCCUCCCUCUAACUGUUGUGACUUGGUUAGGUUUCAGUUAUGGGCUCAAAGUAUACGGUGUCACUUAUGCUCCUCUUACCAUUUUGAAUGUAAAAAUUCUUCUAAGUCUAGAAUCUAGUCUACACCUUAAUGGUAAAAAC